UCCCAUCUGUUCUUGAGAAGUAAAAUGUUGCGCACAUUAGUUGGAGCUCAAAAAUGCUUCUGCCUGGCCAAUAGGCAUCGGAAUUGUUUGCGUCCAAGCAAUUUGGCAGCUGCAGUUAACGUGGCAUUCAUACGACACUAUGUGCCUCCGACGCACAUCAAGCAAUCGGCAGUGCCCAAUGAAUCAGGCACCAUGUCGCAGAUCAAGCAGGAGAUGAUGACGCGCUUGGGCCUGGAGCCAGGUUAUCAGCCGCUGCCCAAAUCACGCGAACAUCUGCUCAAGUUUCAGCCCAAGCCAGAGGAGUUGCCGCCACGUGCUAUGCAGGAUUCAUUUACUUCAGCCAUCAUACCGCUGAGCACGGAUCGCGCAAAGCAGGACAAGUACGUCACUUAUUUGGGCAACGUGCGCAUGGGUAGACUGCUGGAGGAUAUGGACAUGUUUGCUUGCUGGUGUUGCCACAAGCAUUUGGUGGUGCCAAAGCUGCCGGAGAAUGUGCAUCUGCCAUAUACGUUUGUCACUAUACUCGUGGAUCGCAUUGACUUCACCAACGUUUUGGCUUCGGGAACAGAAGAUAUACGCCUCUCUGGACAUGUGUCCUGGGUGGGCAAGAGCUCUAUGGAGGUGGUGGUUUGGCUGGAGCAAAAGCAGAAUGGCAGCUACAAGAAACUAACGCGUGCGCUCUUCCUAAUGGCGGCACGCAAUGCCACGAAUACUGCAGCGGCGCCAGUGAAUGCCAUAGAGCCGGCGAAUGAGGAGGAGAAAGUCAUCUUGGCGGGUGGCAUGGAUCGCAAAAAGCAGCGUCAGUUGCUGGGCGCUCAAUCAAUCUUCAAGGUGGAGCCCAACGAUCCGGAGCAAACGCUUAUGUAUGAGCUUUGGAAGCGCACCACACCCUCGGACACCAUGGAGCUGAACAAGCGCAUCUUGCCUGCCAAUUGCCGCUGGAUGUCGGACUCUUACCAAAUGAGCACCAUACCUUCGUUUCCGGAGCAUCGUAAUCAUCACAAUCGCGUCUUUGGUGGCUUUCUCAUGCGCUCCGCUCUAGAGAUUAGUUGGGCGGCUGCCGUGCUCUACUGCGGCACGCGUCCCAGACUGGAACACAUUGCUGAUAUUAGCUUUGAGAAGCCUGUGAGCGUAGAUUCGUUUAUUAAAAUGACUGCCUAUGUGGUCUACACCAAACUCAACUAUCUACAAAUUAUGACUGUGGCCGAAGUACUCGAUCCGCAUACGUCCAACCAGGUGACCACAAAUACCUUCUACUAUACAUUUGCUGCUCCGCAAACUGUCACCGAAGUGCUGCCACGUUCCUAUCACGAGACCAUGUGGUAUAUACAAGGACGUCGCAAGUUUGAAUACAGCAUGGGCCUCAAGGCACCAUAGAUACUUAAUUGGAAUCAUAUUUCGAAAGCAGGAUAUUAAUGGAGGCUAUGUAAACGAUGCUCGUCAGUAUAUUAAAUAAAAAACUUAAAAUUGAAAGCUUAAUAAAGAAUAUUCAAAUCUUAACUUGCUAGCAAAAUGAAAUAUUUUAAACU